AUGCAAUACGGAAUUAAAAAAGGCGGGCGUCGGCGCGGCCGCAUUGCCGCCGGCAGUUCUGCGCGGUCGACCGGCAGACUCGCGCGCUUUUUUAAUUUCCGUGUCGCGUUCGGCGCUAACCAGUUCGAGCUCACACGUUCCAGUGACAAUAUAAAAAAAUAUUCAAUCAUGCCCGAUCAAGAAGUGGAGUAUAACAAAGACCUCGUUACAAUAAAGGACUGGCUCAACAAGCAGCCACAUCUUCCUCACAAUGUCGAGGAUGUUCUUCUACGACGAUUCUUCACUAGCUGCGGCUACAGUUUGGAGCGCGCCAAGCGUACGAUAGAUUUCUUCUUCACCAUUCGCUCCACUGCCCCGGAGCUGUUCUGCAAACGUGAUCCCUGGUCGCCGGAGAUCAGACGCGUGUUUGAGAUAACAGACAUGUUGCCCCUCCCCAACAAGACGAAGGAGAACUACAAAGUGUUCAUCUACCGCUUGAACAACCCAGAGCUGGAUCUGUUCAACUUUGUGGAUGCUGUUAAGACGUUCUUCAUGCUCGCCGACACCAGGCUGACGGAGGAGGACGAGAUACCGUCCGGGGAGAUACCGAUAUUCGACUCCGCAAACGUCAGUCUCAAGUUCAUCGGCAAGGUCAACCUGUCGACGCUGAGGAAGUACAUGCUGUAUACGCAGGAGGCGAUCCCGAUCAGGUUGAAGCAAGUGCAUGUGAUCAACGCACCAGCGUAUAUAAGCAAGAUAUAUGCCCUAUGCAAACCAUUCCUCAAGUCAGAGGUCGCUAAAUUGGUAAAAUUCCACGAGCCAAAUUCGACCACACUAUAUAAGGACGUGCCACAAGACUUGCUGCCAGAGGAAUACGGCGGUAAGGCCGGCACAGUGGACCAGAUUAAGCGGUACUGGAUUAAGAGGAUUGAAGCUAAAAGGGAUUGGUUCCUCGAGAACGAUAAGAAUUGGGCCGUCGAAGAAGCGCUGAGACCGUCAAACUGUCAAGACGAACGGACGAACCAAGUACGGGACCUUCCUGGCUCAUUCCGUUCGCUGGCUUUAGAU